AUGUACCAGGCUGGAGAGUUGUCCCAUUUUGAGACAAGCUUUGAGCAUGGUGACAACGAGAGGGAGACCGAGGAACAAGGCAUGCUGCCUCCACCACAAUUUUAUGAGCAAGAGUAUGCUGGCCAAAGCUUUACCAGCCAACCUCAGCAACAAGGCAACCUCGGUGAAAGCUGGGGCCCGUUCCCCUACCCGUUCUCUGGCCCUUACCCUAACUUUGACUUAAUGUUCCUGACCGGCCAGUAUCCUCCAGGCACAGUCACUCACUCAAGCAACAGCUACGAGCAGGGCAGAGACUACUGGGAAGACAUUCACUAUGUGAGAGACGGCCAACCCGGUCCUCAGCAGCAGAUGGCGCCCCUCACUGGUGACUUUGCAGCCCCCCAGAGCGUCAAGGACCCCAAUCCUGUGAUGGCUGGUUAUGGACAGGCUGUCCACAGUAACAGCCUUCUUGACCCUCACCAGUCUGGAUUCAAGGCCGGCCACUCGACAGAGACUGCCCUCCUGGCUGUCUCUGAGCAGCUUCACACUGCUAGAGCAGCCUCUCUCUCCUCUGUCCUUAUCCUUCUAGACCUUUCUGCAGCAUUUGACACCGUGAACCACCAGAUCCUUAUCUCUUCUCUUCAGGAACUGGGGAUCUCAGGCACUGCACUCGCGCUUUUCUCUUCCUACCUUAACGACCGCACUUACUGGGUGGCGGCGCGAAUCACUGCCUGUCUGACCGACAUCUCUCAGUGGAUGUCUGCUCACCACCUGAAAAUCAACCCUGACAAGACUGAGCUACUAUUCCUUCCAGGGAAAGGCUCCCCGACCCAUGACCUGACUACCACCUUCAACAGCUCUGUGUUGGCCCCGCCCCCGACUGCCAGGAACCUCGGGGUGACACUAGACAGUCAACUCUCCCUGACGGCCAACAUCGCUGCGACGACGCGUUCCUGUAGGUACAUGCUGCACGACAUCAGGAGAAUACGGCCUCUUCUUACUCAGAAGGCGGCACAGGUUCUGGUCCAGGCUCUGGUCAUUUCACGCCUUGACUACUGCAACUCCCUCCUGGCUGGUCUACCUGCUAAGGCCAUCCGACCUCUGCAGCUCAUCCAGAAUGCAGCAGCUCGACUGGUCUUCAGCCUCCCGAAUAUCACCCACACCACUCCGCUCCUUCGAUCUCUUCACUGGUUACCGGUGGCUGCCCGCAUCCGCUUCAAAACACUGGUUCUGGCAUACCGUGCUCUAGACGGAUCGGGCCCCGUCUACAUCCGGGAUAUGGUCACACCGUACACCCCGGCACGUUCGCUCCGCUCGGCAACAGCCAAUCGUCUUGUGCCUCCUGCACCUCGAGCUAAUCACUCGAAAUCCAGACUGUUUGCUGUCCUGGCUCCUCAGUGGUGGAACGAGCUCCCCACUGACAUCAGGACAGCAGAAAGUCUCUACAUCUUCCGCCUGAGACUGAAAACACAUCUUUUCCGACUAUAUCUGGAUUAAAACACAGAUUUGCACUUCAGUGGCACUGGGAUGGCACUUAUUGUGGUGCUUUUGUGG